AUAAUAUUGAUCACAGAGUUCAAUUAAUCUAAAUACAGUACAACAAACGUUAUUUGUUGUGGGAAAAAUAUAAAAUCACAGAUAUUAAAAUAGUAUGUAUUAUAAUGUUCAUUGCUUAUUCAUUACUAUUGAUAAAUUGUGUUUUUCUUUCCAAACAAAUGUUCUGUGUCAGAUGAUACAAUACUUUUACAUGUAUUAAUCACUACAGUAUUUUAAACUAAGAGCCUGACAGAGUUGAUUGAUUUAUGGAGUACAGACAACAUCAAACAGGUUUUGAUGAACGAUGUAAUAAGAGGUGAGAGAUUACGUUCUAGAACGAUUAUACUGUUGUGACGUCACACAUAGUAAAAUACCAUUUCGAUUUAUGACAAAUGUGUGUUCUGUUGAAGGGAAAAUUUCUGUCAUUUUAAACUGCUUAGGUGAAAUCAUGUCAAACUGUUUUCGUUUUGCUUAGCUGAACGGUAUUCAUAUAGACAAAUGGGGACACAGGAGCCCCCCUCCAUGGAUCUUCCCUCCUACAACAGCCAUAAUGAGAGGGACAAGUCAACCAAUGAGAAGUUCCUUCCCAGAGCAGAGGCGGUCAGGUCCAAACUCAUCCAGACCUUCUCUCUGCUGGACCAGUUACAGGAGGAGCAGAGAGGAAGCCCCAAAUACUGCACCAAUGAUGUUUUAGACGAGGAGAUCUACACCAGUCUGAUGGGGAAGGACACACACCAGCUGGUGCGUUUCGAUAUCUCCCCCCAGAGGGGCAGCACCAUCACCAUGGACCGCCGUCGCCAGGGACGACUGGAGAACCUCCAUGCCAACUAUCCGCCCUUGAACAUGUUUGCCCACUGGAUUCUAGAGAGUAAAAUAUUUAGGAAUAUCAUUGUCAUCCUCAUCAUUCUGAACACCAUUGUAUUGGAGAUACAAGCAGAGUUGUUUGACAACAUGGACCCCAAGCUGGAGAUUGUGAAACUGGUUCUGGAAAUGUUGGACUGGAGCAUCCUGGCCAUCUUCUUCCUGGAGAUCCUAUUGAAGUGGUUGGACAACUUCUGGAACUUCUGGAAAAGCACCUGGAAUAUCUUUGAUUUUGCUGUUACCAUGCUGUCUGUUAUACCAGAGAUCGUGAAGGUCUUCAAAGGGGUGGACACUGACGACUUGGAGAUUGUGGCACUCCUAAAGAAGUUCCGUAUCCUCCGCUCCCUGAAAAUUAUUUCUAAAUUCAGGCAGAUCCGCCUUAUCGUGUUGGCCAUCUCCAAAGCUUUCAAGUCUAUGACCUUCAUCUUCUUACUGCUGCUGGUGUUUGCUUAUAUCUUCGCUGUGGUUGGAGUCAUCCUGUUCGAGAGUUACACGCGCUCCAACGUCGAGGGCCUGGUCUACAACAUGAACUUUAAAGAUAUCUACAACUCCUUCAUCACCCUCUUCAUCCUCUUCACCAUGGAUCACUGGUACGCUCUGCUCGCAGACACCCGCAAAGUUCCAGAACUGAACAAAACCAUAUGUGGCCUAUACAUCAUCCUCUGGCUCCUCAUAGGCUCCUUCGUAUUCCGCAAUAUCUUCGUGGGUAUUAUGGUGAAUAACUUCCAGGCCAUCCGGAGUGACCUCUCUAAAGAGGUACACCAGAUUGAGAUCCAGGCCAAAGCUGAUCUCUUUAAAGCUGAGAUCAUAAAGAGGAGGAUAAGUCAUUCGAAAUUUGCCGGGCUGAGCAAAGUGGCAGAGGAUGGUGAAGAGUCAUUUUCCACUGAGGAUCUACUAAAGUUUACAAGAUGUAAUAUUCCAGAAAAAGACUGGGAGUCGUACGUGGAGGAGAACAUGAAGGUGAUGCAGGAGCAAGAGGAGGACGAGAAGGUCAUCUGGCCCCGGGAUUCCCUUUUCAGGUACUUUGAGCUGCUGGAGAUGCUCCAGCACAACCUGGACGAGAGGAAGAGACUGCAGAACUUGGCAGCUCAGGCGUUGCUUAACCUGCACGACUCAUAGGACCCCACAUCGACAUCUAUUCAGAAGAGCCACCAUAUUUUGGAAGAAAAUAAAACAUGUUUUUUUCUUCCCAGUAUUGUCAGUGUCCAUGUUCAAUUAGUCAUCUAGUUUACCCUUGAGAAGUAAAGCUGAUGUGGAGGGCAGAGAGAGCCAACGACAGCCUGGUUGAACCAUACUGAAUGCUGCGCACACCGUUGUUUUACUUCACCUCAGUUUGGAUGCCAGGCUAAGGCAAUGAGGUCAAAUAUAUUUAUUCCUAGUAGUAGUCAACUUGAAUGGUCUCACAGUUCCACCCAAUAUGUAAUAGGGGGCACUCUUACACAGUGUCACUGAGCCCUCUGGGAGGUCAUACACUGUGUACACCACAGUUCUCCUUAAGAUUAUUCCCUACAAUCUUAGAUUGACAUGUGACAUCUUAGACACAUCGAGGUUACAUUGGUACUGUCCUACGCUGUCCUAUGCAAAAGAAGGCUACAUUAA